AAUAUUGCAGUAGCUGAUGCAAUGGCCAGUCCAAGCACAUGCAAGGAUGGCUACAACCUCCCUUACGUCCUACCAAUGUUUGAGGUAUGUGGUGUUAAAGAGCAUCCAGUGAUGGGAUUGAUGCCUACCAUACCAAAGCUAAUCCCAUCUGCAUCCCAGGAGAAGUGCAACGGUGAAAGAAAUAGUGCCAUUCCACUCGGCAAGCGAAUCUGUAGAUUUUCCGAUUGCCUAAACGAUCCGUGUAAGAAUGGCCGGUGUGAAGAUACCAUAACGGCUUAUGUCUGCCAUUGUCCCGCUGAAUUCACGGGGCCGGAAUGCGCAACACGUUUGAAUGAUUAUAAUCCAGACCAUUCAACGCCCUCACCAGUGGAUACAACACCACCAGAAGUCACAGGUUGCCCAACGAAUCAGACAGUCACUGUUCCUGUUGGAAUUACAAACCAUACGUUUACCUGGACACCGCCAUCAGCCACCGAUGAAUCUGGGAUUCUGUCGGUCAUCGCUGACAAUGAUCCCGGAGUGAAUGUUUCUGUAGGAGAACCUGUCACUGUAACAUACACCGUGACCGACAAUAACGGGCUGACUAACACAGAGUGUUCUUUCAACCUCACUGUUAUACAAGAAGAUGAUACUGUUCCGCCAGAAGUAGUAGGAUGUCCUCAAGAUCAAACAAUCACUUUGCCUGUCAUGCAGAUUGCUGCUGAUAGUGAGCCUCCUACGCAAUCAUUCAACUGGGAACCACCAACUGCGACUGAUGAUGCAGGGAUUCAAUCUAUUAUUGCCGAUAAGAAUCGUCCGCUGACCCUUUCUCUCGAUGAUACCGUCACCGUCACCUACACUGUAACUGAUAACAGUGGACUGAUCAACACAGGCUGUUCUUUCACGCUCUCUCUUCAGCAAGAAGCUGACACGACCCCACCAGUGGUAAACGGUUGUCCUCCAGAUCAGACAAUCACUGCUGCUACUAGUUCGUCUACGCAAUCGUUCACCUGGAAUCCUCCAACUGCUACCGAUGAUGCCGGGAUUCAAUCUAUUGUUCCUAGUUCGGAUCGUCCACAGACGCUUUCUGUUGGUGAUACCAUCACCGUCACCUACAAUGUGACUGAUAAUAGUGGACUGAUCAACACAGGCUGUUCUUUUACCCUAACCCUUCAACCGCCAUUAGGAGGAGGAGUUGGAGUUGGACCGGUUCCGGAUGACGUCAAACCGACAGUCCAUGACUGUCCCGGCGACCAGACAUUUACGAUUCCUGUCAAUGAUGCAAGUAUGACAUCCAAUACCUUCUCGUGGACACCACCGACAGCUUCCGAUGAUUCUGGGAUUCAGUCGACGCAGCCGAGCCAUCAACCGGGAGUUGCGGUGGCUGUCGCUGAUGGACCCCUCACCGUGACAUACACCGUGACUGAUAACAGCGGGAUGGUUAACUCUGAUUGCUCUUUCACCCUCACUACUCGACGGGAAGAUCUGGAAUGGAAAUGCACGGCCACCAAGUGCUACUAUCUUGAUGCCGCCGACCGCUCGUGGCAAGAAGCCGACAAUUUCUGCACUAACCUCAAUCUCGUCCACACCUCAUCAGGAAAAAAGGACCCGUCUCUGCUUUUUAACGAUAACAAACCAGUUUUUGAAGUCAUAGAGGGUCUGUUCUCACUGAAUAGAGAGGUGUGGAUCAAUUGCAAAGGCGUUGGUUCUGGUGGCGCCCUUGUCUGUGACGUGGAUGGUACGGGGACCAGUCAUACAACAACGAAUUGGAAAUCUGGUGAGCCGGCUGACGGGGUCAUCAAUUGUGUAGCUGUUGACUUGAUUUAUGAAAAGUGGACAAGUCAAGGGUGCCAGGAACAGUAUCACACCAUGUGCCAGAUAAUACUCUAGAAAAGACAUACACUGCAAAAACGCCGUUUAAAAGCAGGUUGUUUAAAGGGGGAGUGAACUAUGUAUGGUCUCUCAUUGACUGUUAUAAAUACAUAGUCCAAAAUGUAUUGAGUAGUUAAUUAGCAUGUUAUCAUUCAAGUGGCUCUAUAUUACUAGACUACACUAGCAUUAUGGGUCAGGAAACUGGCCAUGUAUGAGUAGUAGAGGACUCGAGAUGGCGCUAUUGGUUCGUAUCUGCUUUAAGCCCGUCAUUCUAACACCAAUUGUUUAAAGUUUGAAACAAAUUGUUUCAUUUGAUUUAAACAAGAUGUUGAAAACGUUUAAACCCUUUAAUUUUUUAACAAUUAUGUAAAAGUUUAAACAACUUGUUGU